UAAUCGUUUGACAGCACUACUUUUUAACCACCUCAGGUAUUCAGUCAUAGGAUGGACCACUCAGCUCUCCACCGCCUCAUCUGCCUGUCCGUCAUUCUGCUAACCAGGCUCGCUACUCAUGCCACCCCAGUCAUUUUCAAUGACUCUUUGGAGGGCAGUGGACAGUGGGACUCUGGGAGCACAGACCUGACCCACACACCCACGAUGUCCUUCUUCAAUGAAUCAGUGAAGUCCACCUCCAUAGAUGGAGAAAAACAUAGCAAAUCAUUCUUGGAUCAGCUGGUGGAUUUCUUACAAGAGAACCACCUUCCCAUAAUCGUCAUUACCACAUUAGUUUUUCUUAUCAUCACCAUCCUCUGCUCAGCUGCCAUCUUGAGUCGCCGACUUAAAGUCAGCACCUACUAUCCUUGCGCUUUCCCUUCCAAGAUGUACGUGGAUGAACGAGACAAGACCGGAGGAACACGCUUCUUCAGCGAAGUCCCAGAGAAAGCCAACACCAGCUCCAGUGAGGAGCCAGUGAAUUCAGCCAGGCAGCUCCACGAGGACAUCAUGCUGGCUACCAAGAACCUCCGAACGCCAAUCAAGACCCCAUGGAAGGAGAAGAAUGAAGUGGCGGAAUACCAAAAACAUGCAGAUGAUGAGGGAAGUGCUCAGUGCGACAAAAGUCAAGAGGAGAGCUGUGGCUCACUAGAGGACAAGACCACAAAUCAGUUUGCUGUUGAGGAUACUGUGGAAAAGAGCUGCCCCAGCAGGUCCCAGGACAGUAUCCCCGCUUAUGACAUGGAAAAGACUGACCCCUUGGACUCCGGGCCCCCUGAAGAGAGCAAACAUUCAUCUGGGCCAGAGAAUUCAGAGAUCCAUGAGGACACGAACAAACAGGAUGUUGCUACUUCAGGCUCACCAUUUAUCAGUGAAGAGAAAACGGCAUUUUAGCUUGGACAUUUUUAAAGCCUUAAAGGAAACACUUAGACACAAAUACAGACCAAAGUGCAUUUCUUGCACACAUUGUAAAACUAAAAAAAAAAAAAAAAAAAUUUUGUAUUAUGAAGUUUCAUUGAGAUAGUUCAUGAAAAAUAUAUGGCUUUAAUAUUGUUUGUAACUCUUCGAUUUUCCAAAUAUAAAAUGUAAUAAUCUGUUUUAAGUUCCUUAAGAGUAAAUGAUAUGAACGGACGCCUAUCGGGCAAGACAUAAAAUCUGCUUUUUAAAUGUUGGUUGUCAUGAAUUUCUUUUCAUUUGACAUGAUGACUCUUUAACCCUAAAUCAGAAAUGAUCUUUAUUCUUGUUUGCUUUACUCUCUAUUAUUAGCGAUGACAUCCAUAAAAACUGGAAAGGUUAGGGUCAGGGAAGUAGAUUGCGUGAAUGGCUCGCAAUGCACUAUAAACACACGCAUCCACAAAAUAAAACAAGCACACUCACGACUCCAAUUAAGGAGACAAGUCUAAGUGUAGAAAAGCUUUGCAGUGAGUCAGCUUAUUGUUUACAUAUUCUGGCUCGAAGCAUUUCCUUUCAAGGUCGAGAGGUAUUCAGCCACAGCAAGUCCCAUGCCACCUUUCAAACAGUUUAGUCUAAGAUCAGUUAGUCUCAACACAUACUUUAUGAAGAACACAAUAUUCUUAAUAAACUUACUACAACAUUUGACCACAUUUCAUACUUCAUUACUUGAAUGUUCAAGACAAUCUGCCAUCUACAAUUUCUAAAAAACAAAAAAUGUUUAAUUUUUUUUAAUUAACAAAAAAAUAACUCCACCGAUAGUUUGCUUCAGAUCUACUGAGGCUGCAGAUCUGUUGGUAUGUUACUUAUAGCAUAACAGUUCAUGAAACAAACCUCACGUUGAGAUGUAUAAUCACAUUUUCAAAUGAAAACCAUAUACUAGCUAUGCUGAAACCAGGUACAAUGCAAAAUCAGUUCAUCACUGUAAAUUAGCAUCAUAUUUCUAGAUUCCACGGGUAUGCAAUAUUAAUUCCAAUGCCCACAUGAUUGAGGUUUACUCAUGCUUUAUUUAAAAGUACUGAUGUUUGAAAGGCCAUCGAAUGAAAGCCCAGCAGCAUAAAUCACCAUCGUAAAUCACAUCUUUGUUCUUUCAAACUAAAAUAAUAGAAUAAGAUCAUUUGUGUGCGUGUUCAGCUAGCAAGUGAAACCACUGACACUCUUUUUCAUUACAUCAACAGAUCUAAAUAAAUGGCUUAGACUGUAACAGUGUGGGUCAGUACUUUUAUAUUGUGCAUUUAAAAGACUCGCUACAGUGCAAGAGUUGGAGAGCUUUGGUCUAAACUCAAAGGGAGGACAAAGAGCAUUGAUUCUCAACUGGUUUUGUUUCAAGACC